UCUCCCAAUCAAAAAAUCUACUGAAUCCCUAAAUCACGAACAAAAGAACAAACUCUCAUCGUUCUUCUUCUCUAAAUCACAAACUCUCAUUUUUUCCCUAAAUCUACUGAAACCCUAUCAUUCUUCUUCUUCUCCCAAACGAAAAAAUUGCUUAUGAAUCACGAACAAAACCAGAAGCCCUAAAUCCCUCCCAUUUUCUUGUUUCUGCGAAGAACCCCCUUCCUCCGCGACAACAACUACGACCGGUACUCCCUACGCGACUGUAACUCCGACUGCAACUUCCUCCGACUCACUCUCAUCUCAACUGAAUAUCUUUGCUAGGGGUUAAUCAUAUCUAAACUGGAUGAAGUCAUGGCGUAUGUACUUAACCGUUUUAUGGCCAGCAUAAAUUCAGAAAAGUUGUUCUUUUUACCGUUUAAUACCGGCAACGGUGGACAUUGGUUGUUGGUCGCGAUUAAUCCUAUCAGUGAAAUUGUAUAUUUUUUGGAUUCCUUACACAAUCCAGUUAGUACAUACGAAGCUAUGAAGAAGUUGGUUGAUACCGUUAUACAAGUUUUUCGAGCACAAAGAGGAAGUCAAGUACCAAAGAGUAAAGCCAACAACAUCACAUGGAUUCGAGUGGAGUGUCCUGGGCAGCAUAAUGAAGUAGAUUGCGGUUUUUACAUGUUGCAGUUUAUGAAAGAAAUUCUUCUUUCGAAUCAAAUAGAGAUUCCGUCCAAGUACUUUGAAGACUUCAAGUGUGCUACUUACUCAAAAUCUAAGUUGGAUGAACUUAAGGAGGAAUGGUGUCAAUUCAUGAUUGAGUUGAAAGUUGUAUAGGAUAUUGAAGGGUAAAAAGGUUAGCUGGCAAGAAGAAAAAGUAGAUAUUUAGCAUCCUUUUGACUUGUGUAAAAAAUAACAAUGUUUUGGAUGAUGCAAUUGUUUUCAUUGAAUUGGAUGUAAUUUUGUUGUUGUUUAUUAAUAUAUUCUUAGCAUAUAAA